CCGAGGCAUGCCGGGAGUUGAAGUCCGCGCAGACCAGGAAGUGAUCGUGACACCGUGGCUGCGGGGAAAGCGAAGCGCUCCAGCGCUCCUGGAACUCGUAUUGAUGGCUGAGCCAGAAAAGCAGAAACGAAUUCUGGUGACGGGCGGCUCCGGCCUGGUGGGAAAGGCCAUUCAGAAGGUGGUGGCUGACGGGGAGCAGCGGCCGGACGAGAAGUGGAUAUUUGUGUCCUCCAAAGAAGCUGACUUGACGAAUGCCGCGGAGACCGCAGCUCUCUUUGAGAAACACAAGCCCACCCACGUCAUCCACCUGGCAGCCAUAGUCGGGGGUCUCUUCAGGAACCUCAACCACAACUUGGAAUUCUGGAGGAAGAAUAUCCACAUCAACGACAAUGUCUUGCAAGCGGCAUUCGAAUCUGGCGUCCAGAAAGUCGUUUCCUGCCUGUCUACCUGCAUAUUUCCAGACAAGACCACCUACCCUAUUGACGAGACCAUGAUUCACAACGGCCCUCCGCACAGCUCCAACUUCGGGUAUGCAUACGCCAAAAGAAUGAUUGAUGUGCAGAACAGGGCGUACUUCGAACAGCACAGCUGCCACUUCACGGCCACGAUACCCACGAACAUCUUUGGGCCCCACGACAACUUCAGCAUCGAGAACGGACACGUCCUGCCAGGCCUGGUUCACAAAGUGUACCUGGCCAAGAAGAAUGGAACCAACAUCACCGUCUGGGGCACGGGAAAGCCUCGGAGGCAGUUCAUUUAUUCUCUGGACCUGGCUCGGCUGUUCAUUUGGGUGUUAAGGGAGUACAAUGAAAUAGAUCCCAUCAUCUUGUCAGUGGGAGAAGAAGAAGAGGUAUCCAUAAGAGAAGCUGCUGAAUGCAUCGCGAAAGCCAUGGAUUUCAAGGGACAACUUCUGUUUGACGAAUCCAAAUCGGAUGGUCAGUUCAAGAAAACGGCCAGUAAUGCCAAGCUGAGGAGAUAUUUGCCUGACUUCCAGUUCACGCCGUUCGAUCAAGGAGAAGUCCAAGCAGUGAAUAUCCUGGCCAGUGCUCCAUCCAGCAGGAAUCUGGACAAAUUCCAGGGCUUUGCUUGCCGGACGACCCAUCGCAACUCGGAGGUGCUGGAGAAGUGCUCCUUCGUAUUCUUGGCCACGAAGCCCCACAUCCUCCCGGCUGUUCUGCAGGAGAUCAGCCCGGCAGUCACGGCCAGCCACGUCCUCAUUUCCAUGGCUGCUGGAGUCCCCCUCCGGACCCUGGAAGAGCUGCUUCCUGCAGGGACGCGGGUCCUGCGAAUGAUGCCCAAUCUCCCCUGUGAGGUGCGGUCGGGGGCUGUCCUGCUCUCUCGAGGGUCCUCCGUGGGGGAAGAGGAGGUCUCGCUGCUGAAGACCCUGCUGGCCCCGUGCGGCUUAUGCGAAGAGGCCCCAGAGUGCUACAUUGACAUCCACACGGGGCUGAGCGGCAGUGGUGUGGCUUACGCCUACAUGUUCGCAGAAGCCCUGGCGGAAGGUGCGGUGAAGAUGGGAAUGCCCGGCCCGCUGGCCAUCAAGAUUGCAGCUCAGACUUUGCUGGGAGCAGCCAAAAUGUUGCUGGAAACGGGGGACCAUCCCGCUGUUCUUCGGAGCGCCGUUUGCACCCCAGGCGGCACCACCAUCCACGCCUUACACGAGCUGGAAAAGGGCUCCCUGCGAGCUACGGUCAUGAACGCUGUGGAGGCGGCCACCAGCCGGGCUCGUGAACUGGGCAACAGGUAGCAGGUGUGCUUGGAGGAUCAUGGGUACCACGUUUCUUGUGGAAGAAGUCCCUCUGGAUGUGGGCCUCCCUCUUCCGUAUCGGGUCCACAUCCGCAGCUGGAGGAGCAGGGGGCCACGGAUUUCCACCCGAAGGAAAUUGCCAGGACUUUGGCAUGGUGGGUGUUCACGGGCAUUUGCCCAUGGUGAAGGCGGUGCCCCGCUCAUUGUGCACAUUGUCGUUGACGAAAUGCUCUAAUUCUGCAGUGCAGGAGGAUGUCACCAAAUGCAGGCGAUAUCGUGCCCACUUUCAGGUACCCGGUUAUUACGAUCAUUCCAAACUUUUGCCAUUGGCAGAAUAAACCAUGAUGCUGGCUACGAA